UCCGGACAAACCCUGUAUUGCGAUGGAAACUGGAGAGAGAAUAUUGGAAUUCUCUCCGUUGACAAAACAAGUAACACCGAUGAUGACAUCGUUGAUGCCGAUAUCAACGAUGUCGGCAGAAACUGUGUCAACAGUGGCAUCGGUGACAUCGGCAUCAACGAUGUCAUCAACUAUGAUGUCGGCGGAGGCAUCGACAUCGACACCGGCAUUGGCACCGGCAUCGGCAUUGACACCGGCGCUAGCACUGGCACCAGUAUCAGCACCAGCACUGACAUCGGCACCGGCGUCGACAUUAAUGGAAAUACCGGCACCAGAGAAGGCACCGGUACCAGCGUCAACGGAGGCGUCAACGCUAAUAGCAUUAAGUAGAGAAGAUUUAAAAGGUCUUAUUGAUGCAGCUGUACAAUCUGCCAUGAGAGGAGGACGAGGAGGAAAAGGACGCGGGAUACGAGGAAGCAGAGGAAGAAGAAGGGGAAGAGGAAGAGGACGAGGACAUGGAUAUCAAAGAACAGGGAUUAAUAUUAAUAAUUAUUAUACUGCUCCUAAAACAUAAAACUAUAUAUA